GAACUCACACCUCCUAUAAACAUGUGCUUUAGCUCCUGCUCUGGAAACUUCUCCUCCCGCUCCCUUGGGGGUUACCUGCGCUACCCAAGCUCCUCCUGUGGCUCCUCCUACCCCAGCAACACGGACCUCUGCUCUCCCAGCGCCUGCCAGCUGGGCUCCUCCCUCUACAGCGGCUUCCAGGAGACCCACUGUGAGCCCACCAGCUGCCGGAAGUCCUGCGUGGUGUCCAGCCCCUGCCAGAUGUCCUGCUAUCUCCCGAGGACCUCCACGCUCUGCAGUCCUUGCUGGAUGACUUAUGCUGGGCCCAGCAGCUUCAGGCCCCUGGGUUAUAGAGUCCGUGGCUUCCCCACCUUGAGCUCUGGAUCCACAUUCUGCCACCCAACCUAUUUUGGCUUUAGGAAUCUCCAGUCAGUAUGCUACAAACCAAUCUAUGGAUCUGGCUUCUAUAGAUUAACUUGUUGA